CUUGGCCCUUGGUCCCCUAUUUUUUCAGUUCCACCCAACCACUCCCCGCCCGACUAAAUGGUACACAGCACACGCAAGAAAGAGAGAAGCACUUAUGUUGGAAUACUGUUCGCGGCGAAAACAAGAUACACGGGCUACCUAAGGUACCUAUCGUGGCUGAACAUCGAAUGCACAGAAAAUGCGAACAGGCUGGCCUCUCUCGUAGAUCAGACGGGACCAAGAUAAAUGUUUGUAAUCAGAGUACAUCGACUUCCGCUGCGAUCUU